UCAAUGAACCACUGCAGCUCUCAAAGGGCCUGGUCUAAUAUGGUCUGCUACAAAUGCAGAUAGGCAACAUAGGAGCUUCAGGAAUAUGUUUUGUGUCAGAUACCUGAAAGUCCUUCCCAGUGACGUAUGAGUACCCAGUUUUAGCCUAGGGUGAUGUCUGAAGGAUGUCUUAUUCCAGACAUCUACUGUGACUCAUCUGCCCGUGAAUUCAUCGCCCUUUGUUCCCUUUGUAGUCAAUGGAGAAAGAUGAACACUUUGGUAGCAUGAGCCUGGAGUGGACAUCUAAAGUACUUGGAUGAGUCUGCCCUGGAAGUGCCUAUUCUGCUCUACUGUUAAUUUCUAUUAAUGUAUAUUAAUUUCCUUUAUGCUUACUUGAGUUAAAUUGCCCUUUUUCUUCUUUGCACCUGAAGGCACUGAGAGCUUUUUGAAUUUUCUGCCAGUCUGCAUCCUUUUAUGGCUGAAGUGAUGCCUAUGACAAGCAGUCACUACUAAUUCUUUCUUCUGUCUGUUUUCUGAAGUGACAUUCUUCCUAACAUCAGCCUUCCUGGAAAUCAUUCAUCUGUGUUCGUUCUGUCACUGCUUUCUCAUAACAGUAUUUUUAACUAGCUACUGCAGGGAACUUAUGCUCUGUGGUGACAAGUUAGUGCUGAUACCUUUCUUUCCUGUGGUUUUUUUUUUUCCUCCCUAGAAAAAGGCCUCUCUCUGCUAGGGUACCAUCUGUGCAACUAUAGCCUGACCAAAAAUGUGUUUAAAACGGUUGCCUACCAAAAGUCCUAUGAAAAAAGCACUUCCUGUGGAGGAUGGAUACCAUGGAUGGUGUGUCCCCGGACGUACUAUAAAACACAGUAUCAUACUGUUGAAGUCCCUGAAACCAUCACUCUUACAGAUUGCUGUGAAGGAUAUGAACAAGUUGGACUCUACUGCUCUUUAGCACUCAAUAGAUCCAGUGUAUUUGCCUCAAGACCUGGUAUUUGUCCAAUGGAGAAUAUGGAAACAUCUGAUUAUCCUUGCACGUUCGAUACUGAAUGUCCAGGGCUUAAAAAAUGCUGCAACUCAUCCAAAGGAGCAGGCUGUGUGGAUCCAAUGCCAGAGGGAAGAACGUUCUGGUACAAUGUGACAGUGCUUGUGAAAAUGGAUUUUAAUGAAUUAAUCAGAGUGGAUUCCCACCUUCUGAAUCAUUCACGCCUUUUGCACUCCAUGAUUACUGGUGCGUUACAGCCCUUGAAUGCCUCCGUGCACCAUAUCCAGAGUAACCGUGCAGAAGUAUAUGCCGGGACAGUGGCCUCUUGGGUUCUCAUUGGACUGCAUCAGCCAGCUCCACUAGCAGAGGUUUCUUCUUCCUUGAAGGACAUUGUGAAGCGCACGUAUGAAGUGCUUGACACAGAAGUGCAAGAUGUCAAUGAAUGUUCCUAUGCUGAAUUCAACGCUUGUCCUGAGAAAAAUACCUGUGUAAAUCUGGAGGGUUAUUACAGCUGUGACCCUCAGCAUGAACAUGCAGAUGUCAUCUCUCACCAGCUGAGCCAAAGAAAGGAAGGCAUGCCAGCAUCUACUCCAAGUUCAGCAUUAGAUCCCAUUAACACUAGCAAUAGCUCUCCGUCUAUAAGCAAUUCAAGUCUCUUGUCCAUAACUAACCAAUCUACAGAUGCUGGGUGCUAUCCCUCUGCAGUUAGAAACCACCGAAUCUUCAGUGUUACCAGCAACAGUUUUGAAAUGUCCUGGCAUGUCGCUUCUACUCUGAACCAUACUUUCCAAGUCCAAGUGUUCAAGGGCAAAGAGAUUGUACAAAACCUGAAGACAGAGGAAAUGAAAAUGGAUGUGUCUCAACUGGAGGCAGGUGUGCUGUAUUCAGUAGAGAUCAGCUAUGAAACCUGUGGAAAAACCAGCAUCUCCCGUCAAAAUGUCAAAACAGAGGCCAAGAUAUUUGGUGUUACUGUAAGGAUUCUCAACUACAACUUCACUGAUGAUUUCCAUAAUGCCAGCAGCUCAGCAUAUGAAGAAUUUUCAAGACUGUUGCUUACAGAGCUUGAGAAUUCAUUUCCACCCAACAUUUCUGCUUUAUACAAAUCUGGGAAGCUGAAAGUGCAGACUGAAUCCCUGCAAGCUGGAAGCAUCAUUGUGAGGCUCAGAAUCACUGUGCAGGAUCCCGAGCUUCCAGUUGAUGCCUCUACAUUUGCCCCAGUGCUUUCUUACCUGCACAAUGGCUCUGUGCUUUUGGUGGAUCAGCAAAACACUGCAGUGGAAGACUGGGAUGAAUGUGCUUCUCAUGCUGAGAAUGACUGCUCUGUGUUUGCUGAGUGUAUCAAUUUGAUGGGCUCGUACCUGUGCAGAUGCAAGACAACCAUGGAUACCAAUCCAUCCCGACCUGGAAGAAACUGUGAGGGUGAGAUUGUGGACCCUCUCACCGAAACGGUGGCUCCUGAAAUAACAAACAGCACAGGGUUUUCUGCUGAAGAAGUAAGCCCUGCAGGCCCUGCUUCCCCUGCCACCACCAAGGUGGUGGCUGCUGUAGGCUCCAAGAUGAGCACCGCCGAUCACCUCCCUGCUGCACUGACCCUGGGUGACAAGCAAGCACCCCACGGUCAUUCUCCCACCAGCGCUCCUCCAGCCACUUGGAAAAAAGGCCUGGCACCACAGACGGGCUUCCUCGGAGACCACAGCCCCACGGCCACGGGGGUCUCCGCCAGCAAGGAACUGGCCAUCAGCGCAGAGCGGCAGGCGGCCGUAAAUCCAUCGCAGCAAAGCUCCGUGGCAGAGGCUUCCCCCAGUGCACUGCAGCGAGCGGCCGCUCUCACAAGUGGGGCCAUGGGCACAGCCGGGCAAGAGCAACUCAGUUCGCCAUUGCUGGUGUUUCCAAAUCAAACAGCCUCUGCUACCACCAGAAGUCACACAGCUUUUGGUGUGCCUGAAGCCAGCUCUCAAGGUGGCCCCAGAAGAGCUCUGCUGGCCGCAGGGGAUGCUGGCGUUCCCACCCUCAAUGUCACUCUUAGAGAGCACGUAGCGAUGGGAAGAGAGAACAGCUCUUGGUCUGAGAAAUACGCUGGAGCCCUGGGGUCACCAGCUUUGCCAGGAGUCUCUCCAGCUCCCAGCCUGACGCCAGGCCCAGCCAUGGACCGCACUGUCCAGAAACUUAGUGGCACAGUACGGAUAACAAAUGUGAAAUACUCCCUGGGCUUUAGCAAUACAAGCAGUGAGGAAUACCAAACCUUUGCACAGCUCUUUCUUGAUGAAGUACAUAAAUCUCUGCCCCUUGAGGUUCUUCAGCAGACGGAUGCUAGCCUGAUUAAAGUGCUGAUAACGGGUAUUACUAAUGGGAGCACGGUGGUAAGUUUCAAUUUACUGAUUGCAGAAGAUGUGGAUAUCUACUACAUCAUCACCACUUUUCGUGAUGCCUUUGAACACAGCUCCUAUUUCACAAUUGACAAAAGCAGUCUCUCUAUAAACGAUUAUGAUGAGUGCAAAAGCAAAGAAGAUGACUGCUCCCCAGAUGCAUCAUGCCAUAACACACUGGGGUUUUACCAGUGCAGCUGCAAUGAAGGAUUUGCUGAUGUGCAUCCAGAAAGGCCUGGAAGAAGCUGUGAAGCAUUUCCUAUCAGCCAGGAGGCAACACUGACGGAUAAGAAACCUGUACACAGCACAGUUUUACCUGCAACAUCUUUGCAAACUUCAACUCAUGUUUCCUCCCCUGCUUCACUGGACUUCUCUAGUGCUGAGCACAAAGCUCUGGAGGACACUACAUUCUCCAGCAUGGUGCUGCCGCCUCUCACCACGGAUCCUGUGUCAACUUCCAACGUUUUUCCUCAAGCAUCUCCUGUCCCCCUCAUUAAACCUGCCCAGGAGGUUUCCAUUAAAGAUGCGGUGAGAGUGUUCUGUGAAAUCGAGAAGAUUGUCCUUGCUAUCCAGAAGAGAUUUUUACAGCAGGAGUCUAUCCCGGAAACCUCCCUGUACCUCGGGGAGCCUCACUGCAACGUGAGCAUCAGCAAUGGCACUCAUGUUGUGCUGCAGGCAGGCUGGAACGACUGUGGCACUGAGGUUGAGACUAACAUGACUAAUACCGUAGUGAAGACCAUCCUUCGGAAUGACGUUUCUGCUCAGGAAGUAAUCCGCAAUUUAAAAGUUGCCAGUCCCAUUCACUGUGUGUUUCAAAAUGAUCUCUUGACUUCUUCUGGAUACACUGCAGAAGGACUUUACACGAUCUUUGAAGAUUUGCAUGGAUCUGGACACUUCAGAACAGAAAUGCAGUUGUUUAUUGGAAACUCCUCAAUACCAAAAAAUUUCAGUGUCUCUGCCAGUGAUGAUGUACUGAUUGAAGUGGGGAUCCAGAGAGCAGACAGCAAGCUCAAGGUGGUCCUCACUGACUGCUGGGCAACUCCAACUAAUAAUUCAGUGGAUCCCCUCUCAUUUGUUUUUAUCAGCAACAGUUGUCCCAUCCCAAAUACAUAUACCACACUGCUAGAGAAUGGGAAUUCAAGAAAAGCACAGUUUAAGAUGAAAAUUUUUUCCUUUGUCAACAAUUCUGUGGUUUACUUACACUGCAAAAUUCGUAUUUGUAUGGAGACACCAGGAAGCACCUGCAGGACAAGAUGCCAUGGGGUUCGAUCCCUGAAGACUGGUGAAACCAUCGCUACGCACAGAACAUCCUGGGGACCCCUAUGUAAAUCUGCUGCAUCUGAUUUGAAGAGAAAGAAGGAGGCUGGGAUGGGAGUUGGAUACAUCAUCCUCAUUGCCUUUGCUGUGUUUGGUUUUGUGCUGGGAGUUGUGAGCCUUCUCAUUUUCCAGUACCAGCGAAUGAUGGGAAGAUACAACUUCAGAAUCAAGUCUGACAACUUCAGCUACCAAGUGUUCUACGAUUAGCGAUUUCCAGGUUACCAGAUUUGGACCAUGUCUCAUCACAUGGAGAACUGAAGCUUGUCUUCACUCAGCAUUUGGCUUUCAUUACGCUUCACAACGGUGGUCAUGACUGGUUGCAGCACUGACUUCUGAAUUAAUGUCACAUAUAAAAGCCUUCUAUCCCCCCUCUUUUUUUUUUUUUUUUUUUAGCAAUCUGGCUCUUCCCUGGUGUCCUAAGAACUAUUUGUGACUGCAGCUCCAGGUUGAAGUGAAUUUUGGCAGGUUUUUUCCAUGGAUAGAAUAGAAGGGAAAAAAGAAAGACUUCAUGGUUCUCUAUUCAAGUUCAAAGAUUUGGCUCUCCCACUGUGCCAUGUUGCUAUGUGCCCAUCUUAGCAACACUUGUGCCAUUACUAUUGACAAGCUGCAUGUUUCUAUAAAUAUUCCAGGAAGUAAAUCAGCAAACCCUUAGAGAGAUCUCCUUUUCAGUUUGUAAUUCACUAUUUACUUAAGGUGAGGUUGAAACUUUGAGCUACAGCAAUGUUGAAGACCUAAUUGUACAAUGCCUUAAGUAUACAGAAGCUGGAGAACAAGUCUUGGAUUCUCCACCAAAUAAAUAAAAGGCACUAUGAAUCUGGGGCUCAACCUAUUCAAGAAUGUUCUUCAGCAUGAGUUUUUGAGAUUUGAUUGUAAAUUCUUUAAUUGACAAGGACUUAGUGGAAAAAAAAAAAAGAAAUAAACUAUUUUUGCUACUGGCAGCUCAUAUUUUUCCAGAUAAGUCAAUUGGUACCUACGUAUUCUGUUUAAUUAGACCACAAUGAUUGUGCAGUCAAGCCACAGAAUGUGCUGCCCACCUAAGUGAGAGCAACAGAAUAGUUAUAAAUGUGAGCUGAAUUUUAUCUAGCUGCAAGACCCUACUGUCAGUGCAGCAGUAAAGGUUUAGUUUACAUGCUACAUUCGAUACAACAGCAGUCUGUUCAGCUAGAUAAACUGGAACAAAAAUCUUUUGAGGCAGUAAACUUCUCCUGCAGGACUCUUUCCCAGUGCACUCUUCUUCACUCUGCUGCCCCAAACCUCCAAUUCAGUGAGUGUGUUAGAAGAUGGAGAGUAAAGCAGUGUGGUGACUUGUCCUCACCACCCCUUGGUUCUGAUUGCUGCAUGCGCUCCUCCUACACAGUGAUAGUCUGCUGUGUCUGGGUCACAUGUAAUUCAGUAAUUUACAGUGAACAAGCUAAUUCCUCUUUAAGCUCAAUGGACACCAUUAUAAAUAAGUUAGUGGAAACUGGUCAUUAACCUGAACUCACAAAUACUGUUAGUAGCCAUAACAUUUAGGUACUGAUUUUUUGGUAGAGUAUAGCAUUGGAAAGCUGCUUUUCUAUCCCCCCCAGUCCAAUUUCUGUUAGGUAAUAAGAUUACUGGGUAAAGGACUUCUAUGUUUUGCAAAAGGUCAUACUGAUUGAUCUUAGAGGUUAUAUAUACACCUUUUAAAUAUGUCAGUAAAUUUCAGAAUAAUCAUUUGCAUUCUGCUUUUGAUUCAAGUGAAUCUAUAAGGAGUAAAAAUCUUUGACUUGUCUUUUCCUUGCUGAAAUAUCAGUUACCAGAUCCUGAUAUAAAACAAGAUCCAUUUGGUUGCAAUUCAUUACUGAAACUGCAAAUUAUCUUUGCAAUCUUAGAGUCCGAUGAACAUAACCAUUAGCUUUUUGUUAUGUAGGAGUCUCUUAACUUUUGCUCAGUUUGCUCUCAAAUAUAUAAUAUGUUUGCCUUCUGCACGCAGUGAAAGGGUAAGCUAUUUCACUAUAAACAUUUUUCUAGUUUUUAGUACUUAUAAUUCUGAACUGCUUGAAAGUAACAAGACUAGAGAUUUACCUAUUGAUUUCAGUGGAGCUAUGCCAUUUACAAGAACUGAGCACUAGUCUUCAGGAUGAAAUGGAAAACAGUAGCUUGUAUUUGAUAUCUUGCAUGCUCAGCAGAAACUGCUAUUGUGACUAUCUGAGUCUGUUUAGUGGAGUUUUGGUGUCUUAAUAAAAGCACUCUUAUAACCGUUGA